AUUUUUUGUUUUCGAUAAGACCAUUCGGAACUAAAAAAAUUGUGUUGUCUUUUAUAAAAUUCUCAGUUUUAGUAAGGUAUAAAAAGGAAAUAGCAUGGGUCGUCGUAAAACCAAAUCAGAGAUGGUGGCAGAUAUUUUUGGGACUCCGCCGAAGGCUCGGGAAGGUCCGAAAAAGCAGGGGGUGAAGCGGAAAACGUUGAAAGUGUCGGCCGGGCACAAGAGACGUAGUCUUCCUUGCCGCCUGAAUCCAAGUGUUAUCCGCCAGAUUUGUGAGCCCGCGGAGAAGUGCAAGAACUCGAAAGCCCGGAUUAUGUACGUCAAUUCGAACUACGGAAGUAAGAACAACGCCGAUCUCAGUAAAACCGAUUGCCAUGAGCCUAAUUGCCCUUGCAAAGGGCCGAAAUCAUCGACAUCUGACCCUGGACCCAAGCCAAAGAUGGGUCAGAGCCCUGCAGCGAGGCAGAGAUCUCAAAGAACCAAACCAAAGUAGUCACAUGAGAUGAUACGACUGUAACUCCAUGAUGUUGAAAACUACAAAAAAAAAUACUUAUCUACAAUCUAUUCCUAAUCUUAAAAUAUCUUUGGACAAUAUCAUAACAUCCUAUAUGAAGAGCUUAGGAUUCAAUGUCCCAGGAUUAACCUACGAUAUACGAAGUAAUGAUCCUUUGAAGGCCCGUGAAUUUUGUAAUUAUUUGUAUAUGAAUGUGGCAGCCCUUCGAAUAUAUAUUUGGAUGUGUAAA